AUGCCCGUCACAUUAAGAAAACGUCCAGCACCAGCUGAACCACCAGCUGCAGCUCCUCCUGCAAAAAAGAAGUCGGGUGUCGCAAAGACCGUCGCGAAAGUUAAAGAAACGGUUAAGAAAGCUGUUGAACCUAAAGCUACUAAACCAUCAAAUACUGAACCAGCUCCACCAGCUCCAAAAGCCAAUGGAUCCAAAGCUAAAUCUAAAUCUAAAUCCAAGGCUGAAGUUCCUGCUGAAGAACCAGUUGAAGCUCCAGUUGGAGCUCCGAUUGUAGCUCCUGAACCCGUUUCUGAACCUGUUUCUGAACCUGCUGCUGCUCCCGCCAAAGUCGCAACAACAACAGCAGCAGCAACAAAGGUUGAGGUUGGUGCAACCAUCGAUCUUGAAGGAUUCGGUGGAGAAAUUGAAACAAAUGAUGGUGAAAAGACUACACUCAAGAAACUUGUUGAUGCAAGUAAGAAUGGUGUUGUUCUUUUUACCUAUCCUAAGGCUUCUACACCAGGAUGUACAACCCAAGUCUGUGCCUUCCGCGACUCCCACGCCUCUCUGUCACCAACCGGUUACUCCAUCUACGGUCUUUCAAAAGAUAGUCCUAAAGCAAAUACCACUUUCAAAACCAAGCAAAAACUUCCCUAUACACUUCUUUGCGAUACAAGUACUUCUCUUAUUAGUGCAAUUGGAUUAAAGAAGGGAAAUAGUACUACUAGAGGUGUAUUUAUCAUUGAUAAAUCGGGAAAGAUAUUAGCUGCUCAACCUGGUAGUCCAACAGGUACACUUGAGGUAGUGGAGAAAUUAAUUGGUGCGUCUGAGGAAAAGGAAGAAGAAAAGGAAGUUGAAGCUGAAGCUGCUCCUGAAGUCACCGAAGGAGAAACCGAAAAGGAGACUGAGAAAGAAACCGAGAAAGCAGGAGCAGAAGAAGCAACCGAAGCUAAACCUAAGGAUGAAGGAGAAAAGAAAACCGAAGAAUCAACAGCCCCAGAAACAAACGGUAUCAACGGUACCAAUUCAUCCGCUUCCAAAGAAGACAUCGCCAAAGCAAAUGUAGCAGCAGAUGUAGCCGAUACAGCCGAGAAACUCGAUAGCAAUGAUUCCGAGACUAAAGCUACUGAAGCUCCAACUACCGAGACUUCGACUUGA